GCACGUGCACGGUACGUGAUACAUUCAAACAAGAAGCAACAGCAGCGGUUGCUGGAGUGAAGGAAAAAGAUGUCCAAAGUGCAGCUGCUGCGUUCCUUUGUGGAGCAGAGACUCUCCGCGGCCGCGCAGGACAUAUGCGCGCUGUUGGAGGCAACCUUCACACAGUACGAGGACGAGUUGCAGCGCCGCCGCAGGCCGCCGCAGGAACAGUCCGAGCACCAUCACGCAGGUAAUGAGAACGUGACAGGCAGGAAGGACGAGGUGACGGACUGGAACCACAGUCUGGACCAGGAGGACCUGGAGUUCCCACACAUUAAGGAAGAACAGGAAGAACUCUUGAGCAGUCAGCACCUCCACGAGCUGAAGGAGUUUCUACUUCCUCAUGUUCCUGUGAAGAGUGAAAAUAAUGGUAAGGAAGCUCAUCCAUCACAGUUUGAUCAAAGCCAAACUGAGGACCACAAAGAGGCGGAGCUGUUAGCCAGCAGCUCAGAACCAGAAGGAGACCCUGUUCCAGACAGUGGGUCAAGAACACACCAAGAUCCCAAAGCAUCCGUCUGUUCGGACUGUGACACUGAAGUCAGUGAUGAUGGGUGGAAGGAGACCAGAGACCCUCAGACAGAUUCAAGCCAGGUCCCCAUGAGGGAAAAACCAUUCAUCUGCUCUGAGUGUGGCAAAAGAUUUGGACACAAGGGACAUUUUCAGCUGCACAUGAGGUGUCAUACAGGAGAGAAACCAUUCAGCUGCUCCGUCUGUGGGACAAGGUUCCCCCGGAGGGAGAAUUUAGUUCGACACAUGAGAUUUCAUUCGGGAGAGAAACCGUUUGGCUGCUUAUUCUGUAAGAAAGUGUUCACACGCAGUGACCACGCUGUGACACACAUGAGGACCCACACAGGAGAGAAACCCUUCAGCUGUACAGUGUGUCGGAAAAACUUCACACACAAGCGAAGUCUGACGCAGCACACGAGAAUCCACACAGGAGAGAAACCCUUCAGCUGCAGCACGUGUGACAAAAGAUUUACAUGGUACUCAGGGAUCAAAAAGCACAAGUGUGCUGGUCGGAGCAGCAGUCAGUGACGCCAAAACAGAGCUGGAACGAU